AGUUUUCCGCAGUGCAGUCGUGGCACACACACACACAAAUGCACUCGUGUAUGUACUUGUACACAAGGAAAAUAAUGAUAUUGCAUUGUUGAAAUUGUUAUUUUUUUUUCUUUAUUCGUUCUUAACCCAAGACGGAUAAAACAAAAUCAGCCACAUAAAUACCAUCACAGUUUUCAUAUUAUAAUCAUCUAAAUAUAAUAAUAUAAGAGUAAAAUAUAUUAAUAAUAAAAAUAUGCGACUACAAACGAAAGAGUGUAGUUGAUUUUGAUGUUUCGGACAGCGGGCAUAAUAAUAUAAAAUAACUGUAUCGCUUUUUGUGGUCGUGGUAUUUUAUUUCUUUUAUUAUUGUUUUUUUUUCCGCCUCGUACAAAGCACUCUUCUGGGCAUGACGAAUCGCGGAAAUAUUGUAUUAUUAUUAUUCUUAUGAAAAUCCUUAUUACUCAUAAGCUAUAGCAUUCUAAAUGGACGCGAGAUUAUCGUUAUCAGCAGAAACAUUACCAGCGGUUUCGUUUACUUGUCUUCUCGAUUAGAAUAAUUAUUGUUUUAUUAUUAUUACCAUCGACCGUCGACCGUUUCGAUAAUAGGUAAUAAUUAAAUUAUUAUUAUUUUAACAGAACAGAUGGAACGAGCUGGUUUCACCGAAUUCGUCUGAAGUCUGAACAACAACAAACAAAUUUGAUUCAAAAAUUCCGUCUGAGUUCGACAUUUAACUCAACGGUAAACAGAGGAGUUGAAUCUACAGUGGUCUAAGCUUCUUGAAUUUGCCUGGUAUUAUUUCUGCUAGUUUCAUCUAAAAAGUUUACCGUUUAAAUAAUGAAGAACUGAAAUGUAUAAUGAACGCAUAUUUUAAUAUCAAAAAUAUGCCUCUUUUUGGGAAAUCUCAGAAAAAUCCAGUUGAAGUGGUGAAGCAAUUAAAAGAAGCUGUUGUUGCGCUGGAAAAAGGAGAUAAAAAACUAGAAAAGGCACAAGAAGAUGUUAGUAAAAAUCUUUUGAUCAUAAAAAAUUUGCUCUAUGGAACUGCAGACACAGAGCCGCUGUCUGACAUUGUCGUUGCUCAGUUGGCACAAGAAAUGUACAACAACAAUUUGUUACUAAUGCUGAUACAAAAUUUAACAAAAAUAGAUUUCGAAGGUAAAAAAGAUGUUGCUCAAGUGUUUAACAAUGUUCUUCGUCGACAACUAGGCAGUAGAUCGCCUACUGUUGAGCACAUUUGUGCAAAAUCAGAGAUUCUAUUCACCCUUAUAGCUGGUUACGAACAUCAAGAAAUUGCAUUAAACUGUGGUACUAUGCUACGAGAGUGUGCUAGGUAUGAAGCCUUAGCAAAAAUUAUGUUGUAUGCAAAAGAGUUUUUCAAUUUUUUCCGUUACGUGGAAGUGUCAACGUUCGAUAUAGCCUCGGACGCCUUUUCCACUUUUAAGGAAUUGUUAACUCGACAUAAGCCUCUUUGCGCCGAAUUUCUCGAAAUGAACUACGACAAGGUGUUUGUUCACUAUCAACAGCUACUUAACUCUGAAAACUACGUUACAAGACGACAGAGCUUGAAAUUACUUGGAGAACUGCUUUUAGAUCGUCACAAUUUUACUGUCAUGACUCGUUACAUAUCAAACCCAGACAACUUAAAAUUAAUGAUGAACAUGUUGAAAGAAAAAUCUAGAAAUAUACAGUUUGAAGCAUUCCAUGUUUUCAAGGUUUUUGUCGCCAAUCCAAACAAGCCUAAACCUAUUCUCGAUAUUUUGCUUCGCAAUCAAGACAAGCUCGUCGAGUUUUUAACACGAUUUCACACGGAGAGAUCCGAAGACGAACAGUUCAACGACGAAAAAGCUUAUCUAAUCAAACAAAUCAAAGAGCUUAAAGCAACAUCGACCGAUCAGUGAUCUCCAUAUGUGAGACAGCUUUGUAUAAAUUAGGGGUAUUGAUUAAAUUAUGAUAAAAAUUUGGUGGCGCAUAGAUUUAUUUUUUAAAAGUAUACAUUACAUACAUAAUUUAAUCCUGCUUUUUGUUACAAAAUCAUUUAAUUUUCAAAAAAAAAAUAUUCUAACAAAAAAAAAUUGUAUGCAAAAGAAAAUAUAUUUAUGUAUCUUUUUUCUAAUUAUGGAUGUAUAAUUUUUUUUAUUUAUAAUUUAGUUUUUUUCUUUGUCGGUUUUUAUAAUAUUAAUAAUUUAAAUGUAGACUAACAACGUUAUUUGCUAUUGUAUGUAUAUUGACGUUAUAGAAAAAAAAGAUCUACGCUAUAUUGUUAGUAAUAAAAAAAAAAUAAAAAAAUUA